CUCACCGAAUACGUUCAAGAAACAAACAAAUACUAUUCUGUUAGAUAUUAAAAUUUACAUACUACAACCAUCUACGAUCGCCAUCAUCACCAGAGGGCGAAUAUAUUCCACUCAGCCAUCGAAAAAUACAAAAGAACCAAUCUGAUUGAUUUUUACAUCAAAUUAAAAAAUGGCUACUCAAGAUAUCAAGGCAGAACCUAUCAAACCUCUACCCAAAACACAACCUGAAAGUACUGAACCCAACAACACAAUCACAAAACAAACCCCCCAAAUCAAGAAACCCCUCCACCGCAUCUCUCUCCACCCAACUCUCACUCCCUAUCGUAGAAGGGUAUAUCGUACUCUUCUUUCCGUGCCCGCAGGCCGGUGGACUACCUACUCUGCCAUGGCUACAUACCUAGGCUCAUCCGCCCGGGCAGUUGGGAAUGCGAUGCGCACGAACCCGUUUGCCCCAGAGGUCCCGUGCCAUCGGGUUCUGGCGGCAGAUGGGACAUUGGGUGGGUAUAAGGGGGAGUGGAUAGGAGGCGGGAAGUACCGAGACGAGAAGAGACGGCUUUUAGAGGAGGAGGGAGUGGAAUUUGAUGCAGCAGGGAAGGCAGGGGGUGAAUGUUUUGGGGAGUUUGUGGAUUUGGGAGGGAAGUAGUUUGUUUUGCAUAGGCGAGAUUGGCUUGAUGCUAUGCUGGUGUGGUAUUCUAAGGAUUGCAUCGCAGAUGGGGCGAAAGUAUUGUACAUGUUGAUGUUGACAUGCUGAUCUGAUCAAGCGUUGGACGGCGCAAUCGAUCUCAAGGUGACGGGAACCACGUCGUCAUCGUCGGUGGCAUUCCACAGCAGGGAAUACGAGCCACCGUCGCCCGCCGUGGAUGGAACCGAGAACAG